GCAGUUAGAGAGAGAGAAUUUUGGGGGAGCGAAAGAAUCGCUUGGCAUAUAAGCCAUUGAAGCCAAGCCUAACCAGAGAGGCUUCUGGAGAGAGAGAGAGAGAGAGAGAGAGAGAGAGAGCGGGCUCUGAGGUUGGGGCUUUGUCGAGACAGAGAAAGAGCCUCGGCCAUGGCAGAGUCAAAGGAUUUCGUUUCCGUCGAUAUGGAGAAGAUCUAUCUAGGUGGAAAGGAAUAUCAUGUAAGAACUGGCCGUGGUUCUGUGUCUGUUAUAGUCUAUGGAGACCAAGACAAGCCAGCAUUAAUUACUUAUCCCGACUUAGCUCUAAAUCAUAUGUCUUGUUUCCAAGGAUUAUUCUUUUGUCCUGAAGCGGCUUCUUUGCUGCUUCACAACUUCUGCAUUUACCACAUUAGUCCUCCUGGACAUGAGUUGGGAGCUGCUCCAAUUUGCCCCAAUGAUCCUGUGCCUUCUGUUGAUGACUUAGCAGAUCAGAUCAUUGAGGUUCUCAAUUUUUUUGGGCUUGGUGCAGUGAUGUGCAUGGGGGUGAUGGCCGGUGCGUACGUCCUUACCCUAUUUGCCAUGAAAUAUAGAGAGCGCGUUCUUGGAUUGAUACUUGUAUCCCCUUUAUGUAAAGCUCCCUCUUGGACUGAAUGGUUAUAUAACAAGGUGAUGUCGAAUUUGCUAUAUUUCUAUGGCAUGUGUGGAUUGGUUGAGGAGUUUUUGCUUCAGCGGUACUUCAGCAAGGAAGUUCGUGGUACUGCAGAAGCUCCGGAAUCAGAUAUAGUUCAAGCAUGCAGAAAAUUGCUUGAGGAGAGGCAGAGCACAAACGUUUUGCGGUUUCUCCAAGCAAUUAAUAGGAGACCUGAUCUCACUAGCGGGUUGAAGAGAUUAAGAUGUCGCACUCUUGUUUUUGUUGGCGAUAACUCUCCUUUCCAUUCUGAGGCUCUUCACAUGAUCUCAAAGUUGGAUAAAAAAUUUAGUGCUUUGGUUGAGGUCCAGGCUUGCGGAUCAAUGGUAACAGAAGAACAGCCACUUGCAAUGUUAAUACCUAUGGGGUACUUCUUCAUGGGUUAUGGGUUGUACAAGCCAUGCCAAUUCAGUGGGAGCCCAAGGAGCCCACUCAGUCCAUCUUGCAUCUCGCCAGAGCUUCUCUCUCCUGAAAGCAUGGGUUUGAAGUUAAAGCCAAUAAAGACCCGUGUUUCGCUUUAAGUCAGAAACUUUAAGCGAUUCAAAAUUACUUAAUUUUUUUGUUCUUUUUUUAUUUUAUUUUUUUAAAAAGUGCAGAAGUUGAAAGAGUUGUAGAUAAGGGAAGAAUUGUAAGUGUCGUAGGGAGAUGACUUGCAUUCAUUCUUUUGUAGUCGGCCAUAAAUGAAUCAUGGAGAUAUCUGUAAAUUCUAAAGAAAACUAAAAUUUAUUUAUAAUGACGAUCAAUUAAUAAUAAUGAUGAAAUCUCUAAAAUUAUAUAA